CAGUGACAGAUUAUUUUUGCUUGGGUAAUUUAUAUUCAGGUUCCAUAAAAGUAGCUGUAACUUCACUGUGUGAGCUCAGGGUGUUUCUGCUCACUCCCACUACAUCUGACAAAGAGGGAGCACUUAUUGCAUUAUUUCCCACUAACUGUGUUAUUAUUUAUUCAGCGAGCUCCAAGUUUGGCUGGAUUCUGUCAAACCCACAAAUCAAAGGAGUUACACCUUGUUUGCUGCUUUUAUUUGUGGUUACAGCAUUGCCCACAUACCCGGAGGAUUUUUGCUAUCCAUCACUGUUGUCACUGAAGGUUUCCAUUACAGCAGUCACAGAUGGCUGAGCAGGGGAGGAUUGUCAUGCCGACUGUUGGAGCAACUGGCAGGAGAGGACGACUGACCAGCAACACGCUGCUCAAUGCUGCUUAUGGAAGGAUGAGUUUCACUUCUUACCUCGGACGUCCCAGUAAUACAGGCUUUACAUCAAACCAGAGACCAGCGAUUUAUUACACACCUAGUUUGGACCACACUGACAACCCUCGGUUUGGACUCUCAUUAUCAGACAGUUACAUGUCUCAGACUAAACUGCACUACCAGCCUCGCAUCCGGUCUGAUUAUUUGCCAAACAUCGUUAACAAACCCAGAGACAGCGGCUUCCUUCAGACGAGGACUCAGCCGAAAACAGCAGCUAUGGAGGAGAAGACAGAAUACCAAAGAUCAUUUCUGGACCUUCCUCUCCCUCCUGCAGUUUCUCAGUACCAUGUGACCGUGGGUCCAAAAACUGAGACAGGUUUCACUGAGGGAAGAGAUCUUACAUUUUUCACCUUUCAGGAGAAAAACAGCUGCACAGAAAAACCUCGUCAGGCUCACAGCCCAGUGACGAAAAGCGACUUCAAACCACCGUCAUGGCUGCAGGGCACUGAGGUAAUACCGGGGGUGUGUAGCCGUUCUUGUCGAGAAUCAGGAUUCACACAAGGUGCCAUCGCUCCCUUGGCCUGCCCAAGCUCCCUCCUGCCAUCACCCCAGAGUAAAAGCAAUGCACCAAGUCUGAAGACCAUUGGGAAGAAGGAGCCCACAGGAUUUCUUCUAACAGCACAGAGUAACCAAGUUUUCCCUAAUACACCGUUAGAUGGUUCACACUUCGCUACACAUUACAAGAGCACCUUCUGCCAUCACGCUGAUUUGGAAAACCUAAAAUCUGGUCCUACUUGUGCAGGAAUCAUCAGCACCAAAAUGGACAACAACUACACUCGUCGGGAAAUGGACAGGUUCAUCUUUAGGGGUUAGACCUCCUCACUCCAGUGAUGCUACCUGCAGAGCUGCUCACCACACGAAUAAAUGACUAUGUCUUCUACCACUA